AUGUACUCGACUGCUGCUGCUGGUGCUGCCGCCGCCUCCUCGCCGCCGCGACGGGAUUUCAUCUCCGUCACCCUCAGCCUGGAGGAAGGGCUGGGGCCCGGCAGCUACAAUAACAGCAAGGCCUGGAGGCGGCGCUCCUGCUGGCGGAAAUGGAAGCAACUUUCUCGCCUGCAGCGCAGCGUCAUCCUCUUCCUGUUUGCUGCCCUGGCUGUCUGUGGAGUCAUUUCCUACACCAGCAUGGGGGAAUCCUGGAAAAGCUUAGUCAACAAAUCACAGGAUGAUCAGAGAACCGAACCAGACAUUCCUGGAUUGAAGCUGGCAAAUCCAGCUGUUCUACCAGAACCCCAGAAAGCAGAUGGCAACCUUGGAGACUACCCAGAGCUUUCACCACAGAAGCCACCAAAACUGCCUCAUGGUCGCCGUGGUCCUCCCAGUCUUCAGCUCAAGCCACCACAAAGGAAUGUGAGGUUGAAGACCCAGCAUGAUAUCAACAAGGCUGUGAAAGGGCCAGUCCAGGCUGAGAAAGAAGAGAAACCAGAGAAAUCUGUGAUCAGCUGGAGAGGAGCAGUAAUAGAACCUGACCAAAGCCCUGAACCUCCAUCUAGUAAAAUGAAAGAAGUAGAAAAACCUUCAUCUGUGGAAGCUGAAGGGCAAAAGGAGCCAGUGCCCAUCAACGAGCGCCAGCUGGCCGUCAUCGAAGCCUUCCGCCAUGCCUGGAGGGGCUACAAGGCCUUUGCCUGGGGCCAUGAUGAGCUAAAGCCUUUAUCCAAGUCCUACAGCGAAUGGUUUGGCCUUGGGCUCACCUUGAUUGAUGCCUUGGAUACCCUCUGGAUUCUGGGCUUAAAAGAAGAGUUUGAAGAAGCAAGAAAAUGGGUAGCAAAUGAUUUAGUGUUUGAUAAAAACGUGGAUGUGAACCUCUUUGAGAGCACCAUUCGUAUCCUGGGGGGCUUGCUGAGCACCUACCACCUCUCUGGAGAUAGCCUCUUCCUGGAAAAAGCAAAAGACAUUGGGAACAGGCUGAUGCCAGCGUUCAGGACCCCCUCCAAGAUCCCAUACUCUGAUGUCAACAUCGGCCGGGGCACCGCACACCCGCCCCGCUGGACCUCUGACAGCACCGUGGCAGAGGUCACCAGCAUUCAGCUGGAGUUUAGGGAGCUCUCUCGUCUCACUGGGGAUGAGAAAUUCCAGAGAGCCGUGGAUGAGGUGAUGAAGCACGUUCACAGCCUCUCAGGGAAAAACGAUGGACUAGUGCCUAUGUUCAUAAACACCAACAGUGGGCAGUUCACCCACCUGGGUGUCUACACUCUGGGGGCCAGAGCUGACAGCUACUACGAGUAUUUGCUCAAGCAAUGGAUUCAGGGGGGGAAAAAAGAAAAUGAGCUGUUGGAAGACUACAUGAGAGCCAUAGAAGGAGUGAAGAAGCAUCUUCUUCAGAGAUCACAACCCAAGAAGCUGACAUUUGUAGGAGAGCUUGCUCAUGGCCACUUCAGUGCCAAGAUGGAUCACUUGGUUUGCUUUCUGCCUGGCACUCUGGCCCUGGGAGCUCACAAUGGCCUCACUGCUGAUCAUAUGAAACUGGCUGAAGCCCUCAUAGAAACCUGUUACCAGAUGUAUGCUCAAGUGGAGACAGGUCUGAGCCCAGAGAUUGUGCACUUCAACCUUCAUGCACAAAAGGGCCAGAAUGAUGUGGAGGUCAAGCCUGCAGACAGGCACAACUUACUGCGGCCAGAAACUGUGGAAAGCCUUUUUUACAUGUACAGGUUCACUGGUGACAAGAAGUACCAGGACUGGGGCUGGGAGAUCCUGCAGAGCUUCAACAAGUACACACGGGUCCCCACAGGUGGUUACACUUCCAUUAACAAUGUGCAGAACCCUAGCAAUCCAGAGCCACGGGAUAAGAUGGAGAGCUUCUUCCUUGGGGAGACACUCAAGUACCUGUUCCUGCUCUUCUCAGAUGACAUUGACUUGAUCAACCUCGACAAGUUUGUGUUCAACACAGAAGCUCAUCCACUCCCUAUCUGGGUGCCAGCAUAGACUGAGUGUCAGCAGACCUUCCAGGGGUGGCAUUUUUAUCGUCAAGUCACUUUACUUUUCAGGGUUUGAGGAGAGAUGCUGCACUGCGCUGUGUUUGGUUUCAAACAGGCAAAACCGUUAGGGAAGCAUCUCUGCUUUGGAGAAGUCACAUCAGUCUUAAAGCUAAUCCCUGCUUCUGGGAUGGCCAAGCUGUGCCAUGCUAAGCCCAUUUCCUGGCAUUGAUGAUGAGGUUCAGAGGAUUGUGGUGUGGACCAUGACAUUCCUGAGGCUCUGGUGGAACAGGCCUCACUUUUGUCCGUCUUACUAAAUGUUCAUUAAAUACCAGGAGCACAGCUUGGUGUUGUCCAACACAGGAUUGGCCCUGCAGAGGAGGAAUAAACCUGCAGAUCUCUGGUUUAUUUUGGACUUACUGGAACACCAGUAACAGCACCAUCCCUUCUUAAGAAGGGUGCUUCAGCUGCUGUUUCAGGUGGUCAGGGGAAUCAACAAAGAACUGUGACAGUGUCCAGGCAGAAGAAAACUCUCGCCAUUGCCAGUGGUACUCUGCACUCAUUCCAAGCUACCCAGCUGUGCUGCACCGGCUGAGGAGAAGGAAGUGGCAGCAAAGCUUCUGUUGUACAGUGUCUUAAGUUUCUAGAGCACUUUGAACAAUCUCUUCAAGCUGUGGCUAAAUUGAGUGAUGGGAGAGACUUUGCUGCUGGUUUGGCUCGAAGUGGUUUAGAAUUUUGUAGAGGUAUUGCAGUUUUGUAGCUGACCUGCAGGAAUGCGGGAGAUAAUGUGAAACACAAGAACUCCACCUGCAUUUUAGAUGUUCUUUGCAUCAGUUAGACUCAGGUAUUCUGACUGAAAGCUGCUUUCUGAGGCUGGGCACUGAGGAAGCUUGUCAGCACAUGAGGUGCAAUUCUAUGUCAGCCUUUCUGUCCCAUCCUGUCCAGAUACUGCAUUGCAAGGUGUUGACUCAAGACAGGCUUAGAAUGCACAGCAAACUUCUUACUCAUCAUUGGUUAGACUGGGGAAAUAAUAGUGCUGAUCUUUGGGGUUUUUUCCCUCCUUAGGAGUACUUUGGGUAGAAGUAUUUUUCAUUAGUGGGAUUAAAAGCAGGUAGUCCAACCGCACUGCUGCAAUUCCUGCUCCCAGUGAAAUCUGGUCAGUUGCCUGAAGACCAGGCAGGUCUGGGUUGAGCCUUCUGGGAGCCCAGGGAGCUUGCAUGUCUUGAUGUGCAAAUAGAUUUUUAUGCCAUGAAUUGGAAAUCAGCUUUCUGUAGUGCUUUUCCUUCUGGUUCUGUAGAUACUUGAGCAGUCUGGUGUUCAUAGAUGAAUUAUCAGAAACGUGCU